AUGGAGACAGAAGAGAACGAAGAAACUUUUUUCUCAAAUUUACUUCUUUAUUUCCAAGAAAUAAAAAAUUCAUCAUUAGAUGAAGACAAACUCGAAAAAAAACUUGUUGAUUGGCUGAAAUUGCAUAACAAAGACGUCAUAGACGUCGUAAAACCACUUUCCGCGAAAAAGAGGUUGUCCCCACAAUACUACACUUUAUCUGCAUAUCUUGACGAAAUCUCAUACAAGAGUAAAGUUAUACGAGGCAAACGAGAUUUGACAAAAAUUCUCGCCUUUUACAAACAUGGUGCAAAACAUAAUGACGCAUUUGCACAAUUUCGAAUCGGAAAAUUCUAUUAUGAACGAAACAUGAAACCGCUACUUGUGGAUUACUGGUUGUCGAAAGCAUCCAAGAAUGGUAACGUUCAAGCGCAAUAUUUACUCGGUAUGCGCUUAUUUAAAACGAAUCUAGCAUCAUCAAAACCCAACGAUCGGGAUAAAAAGAUGAUGAUUUAUUGGUUGAAGAAAGCUGCAGAUGCUGGAUAUCAUGCCGCACAAAAUAAACUCGGACGUCUUUGUCAUUCUUCAGAAUUGGAUUUUUGUGGGAAUUUGACGAAUGCUUUUUGUUGGCAUUAUCGUGCCGCCAAAGGUGGAUUUAUUAAUUCGCAGGUGUGCGUUGCGAACUUCUUUCGGCAUGGAAUUGGGAUCGAGAGAGAUUUUCAUGAAGCGAUUAAAUGGUAUAUAGCUGCAAACCGUUCUUCUCCUGUAUUAGCUAGAUAUUAUAUGGAAU